AUGACGAAAGUUAGUAAAGGAGAAGAAAUCAAUCCUAAGACAACACAGUAUAGCUUCUUCGGCCCACUCGGUACGGGUGCUAUAACGUUACUCACGCCUGCUAUAACCUACCUGCUUUACUUCGCAUGUCCAAACUCGUAUGAUGAUGAUACAUGCCAACUUUUACAGAAACCGGCAUUUGAGAGGCUUUUAGAAUGCGACUUCUGGAAAUCACUCUUUGAUUUGGAAGCUUUCGGCGUAUACCUUGCUUGGUACACUUUCACUGUCGUUGCAUGGGCUAUCAUACCUGCACAAUGGGUACGCGGUACACAGCUCCGUGAUGGUACUUACAAGCUCUAUAAAAUGAAUGCUUUCGCUACAUUGCUUAUGGCUACUGGUAUCGCUAUCGGACAAAUCGUUCGCGCUGGUCCUGAAGGAUUCACUUACCUUGCUGAUAAAUGGAUACCAAUUCUUACUGCCUCACUUAUCAUGUCAGUCGCUCAAUCUGUCUUCUGCUACGCUAUGUCAUUCACUUCCGGCAAAUUACUUGCUCUCGGUGGUAACACCGGCAGCUUUGUACAUGAUUUCUUCAUCGGUAGAGAACUCAACCCUUCAAUUGGUUCAUUUGAUAUCAAGACUUUCAAUGAACUUAGACCAGGUUUGGCACUUUGGUGGCUCCUUGAUAUUUCUCUCGCUUGCAGACAAUACGCGACAUUCGGCCGUUUGACUGACUCAAUGAUUCUCGUAGUUGGUUUCCACGGCUGGUACGUCUUUGACGCAUUAUACAAUGAGCCAAUUAUCCUCACUCAAAUGGACAUCGUCCACGAUGGUUUCGGUUUCAUGUUAGCAUUUGGUGAUCUCACUUGGGUACCUUUCGUGUACUCCCUUCAAGCAAGAUUCUUGGCUUACCAUCCAAACGUUUUGGGCCCACUUGGCGUUUUCGCUGUCGUCUUAUUACAGCUACUUGGUUACUACAUUUUCCGUGUCUCAAACGCAGAAAAGAACGAUUUCAGAAACGGCAAGAAUCCAAAGAAUCUCCAAUACAUGCAGACAAAGAGAGGCACUAAGCUCUUGACUUCUGGAUGGUGGGGUACUCUCAGACAUCCAAACUACCUUGGCGAUUUGAUAAUGGCUGUAGCAUGGAGUUUGCCAACUGGUGGAUGUACACCAUUGACUUACUUCUACCCUGCUUACUUCACUGUCUUGCUCAUUCACAGAGCACUUCGCGAUGAUUCACACUGUAGAGAGAAGUAUGGUGAUGACUGGAACGCCUACAUUGAGAAAGUUCCUUACUGCAUCUUCCCUUACAGUGAGUAA